GCUCGUCAUCAUGUCCUUCGGUGCCAUCCACAACCCAGUUGUUCCAUUCGACACUCCUUUUCGCAAUGGCCUGCAUGAUGGGACUUUAGUGGUAAUCAGUGGCUCUGUCCUUCCUUCGGGUGACAGGUUCGCUGUAAAUUUCCAGUGUGGAAACAAAGACAUUGCCUUCCAUUUCAACCCUCGUUUUGACAGUGGCCUUGUUGUCUGUAAUACCUAUGAGCACAAGAAUUGGGGAAAGGAAGAACAUAAACGGGAGAUGCCUUUUCACAGAGGAAAGCCCUUUGAAAUCCGCAUCAUGGUUACACAACAUGACUACAAAGUUUCUGUGAACAGAAAUCACUUUUUGGAGUAUCAUCACAGAAUUUCCAUCCAUCAAGUCAAAAGUCUUGCAGUAAAUGGCUGUGUCAGUUUAUCUUUUGUUGAUAUCCAAUCUCCAGGGGGUGGAUUUCCUCCGCAACAAUUUCCAGGUGCAGAAAUGUACAAUCCAGCAUUCCCUCCACAGCCAGGAUUCCCCCCACAGCAGUUUCCUGGAAGCAAUACAAUUCCAUAUAAUACCAACAUCCAUGGUGGCCUAUAUCCUAACAAGGUGAUUGUCAUCAGAGGAGCGGUUACUGGACAUCCUAAAAGAUUUCAUGUCAACCUGAAAUUCCAUGGUGGAACUGCAUUCCACUUCAAUCCAAGAUUUGACGAAAAAACCAUCGUCCGUAACAGCAAGCAGAACAAUACUUGGGGAAAGGAAGAGCGUCAAAUGCCCAGCUGUGGAAUGUGUUUUGCUCCUGGCCAAAGCUUUGUGAUUGAAAUGAUUUGUGAACACCAUGCUUUCAAAGUGAACGUUAAUGGGAUCCAUGUGUGCAACUUUAACUAUCGUGUUCCACAUCUUCAACAGAUAGACACUCUGCAGAUAGAUGGCGAUGUUGUCCUGCAUCAUGUUCAGAUUUAGAUA